AUGCGCCUACAAAGGGCAACGGCCGCCGCCGUCCCUGCAGCAGCGGCCGCCGCCGUCCCUGCAGCAGCGUCCGCCAUCGUUCCUGCAGCAGCGGCCGCCGCCUCCCUGCAGCAGCAGCCGCCACCGUCGUUCCUGCACCAGCGGCCGCCGCCGUCCCUGCAGCAGCAGCCGCCGUCGUACCUGCAGCUGCCAAGCCGCCCGAGCCGCCGAGCCGCCCAAGCCGCCGAGCCGCCCGAGCCGCCGUUGCCGCCGAGCCGCCGAUUCGCCGAGCCGCCCGAGCCGCCCGAGCCGCCGAGUCGCCGAGCCGCCCGAGCCGCCGAGCUGCCGUUGUUGCCGAGCCGCAGAGCCACCGAGCCGCUCGUGCCGCCCGGUCCGCUACACCAGGUCCCUGCAGUUGCGGCCCUGUUCCUACCGGCGGGCCUCGGUCCUUCUCGCCAGCCCGGUAAGAGCAGCCCCUCUACCACUGCACUGCCCCUAGUCUACUGCUGUCAUGGCUACCCCCCGUGUCCUCGCUUUUGA